AUGGAUAAAAUGCACCCCGAGCCAAGUGGCUCAAAACCACCACCCGGUAGCGCCAAUGUGUCCAACAGCAGCAACAAUGCUAGCGGAAAGGGCAAACGACCGUUUCUUGGUUUGCUGUCGAAGCGUUCGUCACGUGUUGAGCCGCAACGAUGCUCGGAAAGUGAGGAUGAACAGCAAACGGUAGACAGUGGAUCGUGCUUUAGUUUGCUCGGCAAUCAUCAUACCAAUGCACAGCACGCAACGAAGGCAAAUCACAACAGUAGCAGUAAUGGUGGCACAGCAACUACUGCUACGACCACAUCGACCACCAGCAGUACCGCCAGCCAGCGGCAAGAUUCGUCCAAUCCAAGCGAUACCAACUCGUACCAAUUACUUUCAACGUCAUCAACGACGACCACAACUACCACCACCUCGUCGACGGGUCCGGAAGGUUCGACGGCGACCAAAAUUCCAACCGCAAUACGAAAACGAGACACUUCCUCCAACCGUAUUUCACUUGGCAAUCGGCUUAGUAGCUACGUUAGCGGAGGAAACGCAGUCGGUGGAACAAGUGGGUCUACCGGAGCCGGCGGACAGUUUAAUCUUUGCUGCUCGAUCGAUGAAGCAAUCGUAAAGUCACCGCCAAGAAAUCGUUACUCCCACCCAGCAGCUACGGGCAGCUCCAGUGCCGGUAGCGAGUCGUACGAUCUCGAAAUGCAACAACGCCGGCAACAGCUAAAGCUGGAACUAACGGCUAAAUCAAGCACAAGCUAUCCGAUCGAAAAAUCGAGUCCAUCGCGCCACCGUCGACCGUUGGAGGUUGGUCCGCCACAGGUUGAAACGCCCCAGCAGGACGAGUACAACGCCAAUGGACGCAGCCCGAAAGCGACCGUUUCGCUUGUCAACAAUCGUGUCGUCACAAAGCCGAUCGUUUUUCGCGAAUAUCAAAACCACACACAGCGUGCAAUCAUGUCGAGCAAAUCACGCUUCAAGGAACGCUUCCUACCGCCCCUGCACCGUUGCAAUAUGGACGGGUACGAGAAGAUGGAACAGCACUACAGCUCACCGAAUAUCGCCGAAAAGGAGGACGAUUUGUUGCUACCGGGUGGAUGUGAUCCGAUCGAUCAGCGAGAGUCACGAAAAUCGAUGUCAUUUGACAUGGUAACGACGGUAGCAUCCGCUGGGGAGAUUGACGAGUCGGAUUCGGCACCUAAACCACCACCUGGAUCGGCCGAUUCUCUUGCCCGGCAAGCUUUGAUGGCGGCACACGUGCUUAAUUUAAUUCCGGCCGAAAAAGCUCGUCAGCGAAACUUUCUCCAUGGUAGGCUCGGUUCGACGUCACUGCUAGGUGCAACGGAGCUGGACAAAAUAUUGCCCACCCGAGAAGUGACCAUUUUCGUCGGCACCUGGAACAUGAACGGGCAAAGUCCACCGCGACAGAUGAAUGAUUUCGUACUGCCGACCGCACUCGAGCACGUGCCCGACAUUAUCGUGUUUGGCACACAGGAAUCCUGCUCGGAACGGUUCGAAUGGGAAGUGACGCUACAGGAAACGUUAGGACCGUCCCACAUACUGCUACAUUCCACCAGUCUCGGGACGCUUCAUUUGGCCGCUUUUAUUCGGCGCGAUUUGAUAUGGUUUUGCUCCGAGCCGGAAGAUGCGUGUCUUUCCGUACGUCCUGGGACCGCUUUUCGUACGAAAGGUGCGGUUGCGAUUUCCUUCUGUCUGUUCGGCACUUCGUUUCUGUUCGUAACGUCCCACCUGACGGCACACCAGCAAAAGGUGAAGGAACGUGUGUCGGAUGUGAAGAAAAUCAUACACGCACUGGAUCUGCCGCGGAAUUUAACGGUGAAGCACCGGAACAAGGAUGUGACGCAAAACUUUGACAGUGUUUACUGGUGUGGUGAUUUGAACUUUCGAUUGAGCGAACCGAGGGACAAGCUGAUGCAGUGGAUCGAAACGACACAGUUCCCACUACCGGCACAUUUGCCGCACGGGUUCAUGCAUACCGAUCAGCUUACGUCGGUGCUUUCGGAUGGGGCCGCAUUUCGGGGGUUCCGUGAGGCGAAAAUUACGUUCCCACCGACGUAUAAGUACGAUCCCGGUACGCAGCGUUUCGAUUCGUCGAGCAAACAGCGCGCUCCUGCUUACACCGAUCGGAUUCUGUACAAAUUUAAACCCCUGCCAGUGACGACGGUUCAUCGGCGUGGUUCCAACUUACCGCCCGGGGGUAAAAUUUCACAUCCACCGUCGCCAGUCAAAUGUCUUGCGUACGAUUCGGUGCAGAGCAUAACGUCGUCCGAUCACAAACCGGUAUGGGCGCUGUUUCGGAACAUUAUACGACCUGGUAUUGAUACCGUACCACUCGCAGCAGGACUGUUCAAUCGAGAAGUGUAUCUGGAGGGUAUGAAACGGCGCUUAGACAAUUCCGGAGCUGGUUCAUCGGCCGUAUGCAACAUACAAUGACGCCGGUUAUUCGACCGUUAAGGAACGGCAAAGCGCAAA